AUGAAGUUAUGGUAUACCAUCUUUAUCUUUAUCUUCUAUUUUAUACUCAAUGCGAAAGCACAAACACCAGUUGUAUUAUGGCAUGGCAUGGGCGAUGAUUGCUGUAAUCCAAAGUCCAUGGGUGGAAUAACAGAAUUAAUACAAGCUCAUCUUCCUGGUGUAUUUGUCCAUAGUGUGAAAUUGGGAGAUUCUAUCAAUGAUGAUCGAAAUGCUGGCUUUUUUGGUAUUAUCAAUGACCAAGUAGAUAGUGUUUGUCAGCAACUGGCAAAUAUACCGGAAUUGGCAAAUGGUUUUAAUGCUGUUGGGUUUUCUCAAGGUGGUCUAUUCAUGCGAGCUUAUGUUGAAAGGUGCAAUUUACCUCCAGUUCGUCAUUUGAUUACGUUUGGUUCGCCCCAUGGAGGUGUUUCUGAUAUUCCUAAUUGUAUUGAUAUCCAUGAUUUCAAAUGUACUUUAAUGCGAACAAUGGUUAAGCGGGGUGUUUAUACAAGCUAUGUUCAACAUCAUGUAGUACAAGCUCAAUAUUACAAAUCAUCGACAGAUCUACAAGAUUAUUUAGAUCGAAAUAUCUUUUUACCACAAAUCAACAAUCAAGUAGAAGAGAAAUUCAAAAAUAAUACUUACCGUGAUCAUCUUGGUAACUUGGAAACAUUUGUAAUGAUCAAAUUUACAGAGGAUACGAUGAUCAAACCACCUGAAUCUGCUUGGUUUUGGACUCUUGAUAAGGACAAUCAAAUUUGGCCAUUGGAACAACAAAAAUUAUAUCAAGAAGAUUGGUUAGGAUUACAGUUUCUGGAACAUAAUGGUAGACUCAAAUUUUUGGAAUGUCCUGGAUUACAUAUGCAAAUCUCGGAUGAAUUUUUUAUUAAAGAAGUAAUACAACCUUACUUAGCAGAUGGAGCCCGGAAACAUUUUGUGAAUCAACAACUUUAG